AGCCAAGCUCUUGCAGUAAGUGUACUCAACUCGAACCGAACGGAGGUAACUAAAGCGAAAAGUUCAUCAAACCGAGAUACCGAAUUACCCAAAAAAUGAACCCGAUGGGAAUGGUGAGUCUGGGCCUGGCUUUGUGCCUGAUCGUUGGCUUCAGCCGGAAUGCAUCGGCCAAGCUGGAGGAGAGGUUCUCGUGGAAGCAGCUGGCCUUCGAUUGGCCAACUCCAGAGGCCGAGGCGGAGGCCAAGUCGAAUGGCCACUACAUCAUGGAGAACAACCUGCCACUGGGCGUGGAGCGUUGGCAGAACAAAAUCUUUGUCACUGUGCCAAGAUGGAAGGCCGGUGUUGCUGCCACCCUGAACUACAUCGAUCUAAACUCAACUGAGAAGUCGCCGAAGCUUCACCCGUAUCCCAGUUGGGAGGCCAACAAGCUGCCUAUUGAUGUUAAGCCCCAGGAUCAGAAGACACCUUCGGGUGGACGAUUGGAUGCCGACAAGGCUCAAGAUGCCGGCGUUCAGUUGAAGGACAACUCGACCAUCAUUUCCACUUUCCGAAUCCAAGUUGACGUGUGCGAUCGUCUGUGGGUUCUUGAUACCGGUCUUGCCGACAUCCUUGGCAGUCCCAAGCAGAUUACACCGAAUUCCAUUCUGGUCUUUGACCUGAAAACGGAUAAGUUGGUCCGUCGUUUUACGAUUCCCGCAAGUCAAACCAAAGAUGACUCAUUCUUUGCGAAUAUUGUUGUGGAUGCUGACCGCUCGGAGUGCCAGGAUGCCUUUGCUUAUAUUCCGGAUUUGGGAGCAUAUGGUGUGAUCGUGUAUUCACUGAGGAACGACAAAUCGUAUCGCGUGAAGCACAACUUCUUCCACUUCGAUCCGCUGCAGGGAGACUUCAAUGUGGGCGGUGUGAACUUCCAGUGGACGGAUGGUGUUUUCGGCCUGGCCGUGGGUCCCAUGAAUCCGGAUCACUCCAAGGACAUUUACUUCCAUGCUUUGGCCAGUACCAAGGAGUUCAAGGUUUCCAACCGCGUGCUGCAGAACGAAACGCAUGUAACAGGCGGCGAUUCUUACUACGACUUUAAAUACGUUGGAGAUCGUGGAAUGAACGGCCAGUCCACCGCCGAGGUCUUUGAUCCCGAGACCGGCGUCAUCUUCUAUACGCAGGUGAACAAAGACGCCAUCGCUUGCUGGAACAUUAAGCGUCCAUAUACUCCGGACACCCAGGGACUGAUCGAUUCCGAUUCGCACACUUUGGUCUUUCCCAAUGACAUGAAGAUCGACAAUGAGGGAACCAUUUGGGUGCUCUCUGACAAGAUGCCGACGUAUUUGUACAAGGAACUCGAUCCCGCGGCCGUCAACUAUCGUAUUUUGAUGGGCCAGAACCGCGAUCUCAUCAAGGGUACACCAUGCGAAAUGUGAGCAGUUGGAUAUUUGAAUCUACAUGUUUUAUGACGCGGUGCAUUUUUGUAUUUACAUUAUGACAUAAUUGUUUGUUAGUAAGUCAGCUUAAUAAACUAUUUGAAAUGUGA